AUGUGUGCUAGACGUCAAUCUAAUUUUACAAGAGAAUCGUCAAAGAAAAUUAAUCAUGGAAUUUCCAAUUCUCAUUUAAUUAAUAGUUCUACACCAAAGGAAAAACAUCAUUGGUGUACUUCAUCAAUACGAUUAGAUAAACAUAAAGAACGAUAUUCAUUUUCUCUUAAUAUUCGUAAUCUUUUUUUUAAACAAAAAAGAUUUAUUCUUAUUAUUUUAUCUAUAAUAUUAACAAUUCUUAUUUGUAUGAUUAUAAUUGAUGCACGAAAUUAUAUAAAAAAAAUUGUUGGUCAUUCAACACGAUUAUUUCAAUUUUGUAUAUUAUAUCAAAAUAAUUAUUAUCAUAAUUUAUUAACAUUACCUAUUGCUUUAGUUAUUAUUUUAUUAAUUAUAAUUAAUCAAACACGAAAAGAAUAUUAUCAAUUAAAUAAAGAAAAAUUUUCAAUUUAUAUUCCAAUACCAUUUAAUCCAUUUUCAAAAACAAAUCGUUUUGAUACAAUGAUUUUAUGUGGUAUUGUAAGUCAUGAAAUAUUUGAAAUUAUUGAAGAAAUAUUUCUAAAAACAACACAAAUUAAAUUACUUACAAUGACCGGUCCAUUAUUUGAUCUUAUUCGACAAAUUGGUCUCAUUAUAAUUGUUGGUCUACGUUAUUAUCCUAUUUAUUCAGUUUUUGAAAUAUCUAAUGGUAAUAUUCUUUAUUAUGUUUUGUGUUCAUUUUAUAUGUGGCUAGAUUUAAUUCUAAGAAUAUUUGAACAAGUAUUUUGUGUUAAUAUUAAUCCAUUGAUUCGAGCAUGGAAAAAAUUUGAACAAUUUAAAAAUGAAUUAACGACAAAAUAUGAAUCAAAUGCAUUAGCUAUGACAACAACAAUGUUUAUGUCGGAAUAUGAAGAUAUUCAUUCAGAAGCAUUUAGAGGCCGUUUUCAUAGAGUUAAAGAUCGAUUAUCAUUUCGAGGAACAAAGCCGAUAACUACAACCAUCGCUUCAACAAUUCAAGUAAGAGAAUUUAUUAUAUAUUUUAGUGUCUUUUCAGACUUAUAA